AUUACCACCUUCAUCAAUUUCAAUGCAAAAAAUGGAGGAAUUUUUCCUCAGACCUAAAGAACAGUAGAUCUUGCAAGACAAAAAAACUCCAUCCACAGACCACACACAGUUCACUCUUCCCAAAUUCCAAACCAACCCUAAAAAAACAAAUUUUGAUUCGAGUUUUUGUACCAUUUUCUGCAUUAUCUUACCCAAGGGGAAAGGGGGGAGAAAAUUCUCUCCUUUCUCUUCACUGUGCAAAGAGAAAAGAAAAGGAGAAGACAGCUAUGGAGAGUCUCUCACCAAUCAAGAAAGGCCAUAGAUAAAGAUUAGGAGAAAAGCACACAUUUCCGUUGCUGCAAAAACUUUGUUCUUCACCAUGGGUAAGACGGAGGAUGAAGAGCCCUUACCCAUGGCUGCAGGGGGUGAGCUGACCCCACACCUUCGAAUGGGAAGCAGAAGAUGCUGCUGGAGAAUCAAUGGGUGGGUGAGUUACAGAUGCGUUUUUGCUCUGAUAUUUGGCGCGGCUGUGCUGCUCUCUGCUGUUUUCUCGCUCCCAAUCUUCAACUCUGGAGAUCCGAAGGAUCUAGAUCUGGAUGAUAGGUUUGCAGGGUAUGAGAUAGUAGCAAGCUUUAUGCUCAAGAGACCCGUUUCACUCUUGGAGCAGUACAUUUUGCAACUUGAAAAUGAAAUUUUGGAUGAAAUAAGUGUUUCCAACACCAAAGUGAACAUACUCUCUUUAGAAACCCCAGCCUUAUUAUCAUCAAACAAAACAAAGGUUUUUUUUGCUGUUGAUUCUAGUGUCAAAACUGUGGGCAUCUCCCCAACAGCCAAGACCAUAAUACACGACAAUUUUGAAUCAAUACUCGUUCAUCAGUCCUCUUUGCACUUGACCACGGCUUCUCUAUUUGGGACCCCAUUCUCAUUUGAGGUUCUUAAAUUCAAAGGGGGGAUCACCGUCAGCCCUUCGCAACAGAAAGCCUUCCUCUUGCAGAAAGUUCUCAUCAGUUUCCACUUCACCUUGAACUUUUCCAUUGAAGAAAUACAAGUUUAUUUUGAUCAACUCACCCAACAACUUAAGUGGGGCUUACACCUUUCUCCAUACGAGAACUUGUAUAUCAGCUUGGUUAACGUAAGGGGUUCAACGGUGGACCCACCCACGAUUGUAAGGUCGCGAGUUGUUUUGGUAGUCGGGAUACCCUCGAGGUCGAGGGAGAAGCAGUUAGCCCAAGCCAUUACCGGUUCUCAUGCAAAAAAUCUUGGCCUGAAUAACACUGUGUUUGGUAGAGUCAAACAGUCCUGCUCCUUCAAUUGUACCAUCUCCAACGCAGAGAAAAAGUGUGCGUGUGAAUCGGAAGCCCUCACCAACACCUAUGCCGGUUCUUGAACCUGCACAUAGGCCCACUCCACGUAAGAUUGGCCCAACAAGUCAUAUGCAGGCUGCUGCACCUCCUACCAAUUUGGAACCGAAUAAAAUUGCUCCAUCAGCAGCACCCAGUCUGCAUGAAGAUCCUCCUCCCACAUCAAACCCACUGCCACAUGUAGUUUAUUCUCUUGUUCCUCCCCCACUAUCGUCAUCAAGUCAUAGUGUUUCUGAUGCAGAACCUCCUGACAAGGCACAAUAUAUCUCGUAUUUCUCGUCAUCAGCAUCCACAGGUAGCCUUAAUUCGUCAUACCUAUGGGCUCUCCUUUUCUUUCUAAUAGCUCUACAUGCAUAGCAAGAUAACAAGAUGCAGAUAGAGUUCCACAAGAAACUAGCCCACCCUGCAAUUGUAAAAAAAAAAAAGAGCAGCUUCCACGAAUUAUUUCCUCAGCAAAGAUGGAGGAAGAUGAAGGCUAAGAGGACGGCGUGUUUGUACAUGUCUUUGUGUGUGUGUGUAAAUAGUAAUGAUAAAUUCAGCAGUAAGAUGCAUUUUCAGGUCAAAGUCGCAGAGGACAGGCCAGAGAGAAUGUGUUCUUGCUGUAAUGUAUGACUAUGAUCUCCUGCGUAACAUGGCAGAGUGAAAAAUUGAAUCAAGCAAAUGUACAAACCAACCAUUUUUGUUCCCAAUGUCUUUCCUGUCUUUGGCCUUAAUUUUCAGCACAGAAAUUGGUGAACUUGAUCUAUGAAUCCAUGAGUUGCCCUUAAAUUAUUUGUUUGUUAUCUGUACAGAACAGCAUAUGUAUGGGAGAGAAUUGUUUGUUUAGUUGUGAAUUUUCGAGGAGGUGGGAAGACUAAGAAUAAUGGGAAUCACUGGUC